CUAUAUAAACUCCUCCUCCCCAUCCAUCUUCUCUCAGCCUCAAAGAAUAAACUUACUUGCACAUACAAACAAAUAAAAAAAAAACCCUCUCCUUUCGACACCCUCCCCCGUCUCGCUCACUCGUCCCCAUAACUCUUCAAGCAUCAUGGGAGGCUGUGCGAGCAGACCCAAGGAUUUGGAUACCAAGCAGGAACCCCUCAUCCAGGAGGAUUCCACCACCCCUAAGAAGGCCGAGGGCGAGACUGUUCCACAAGAGAACAAUGGAGGUGAGACAAAGGAGGAAGAGCCAUUGGUAGAUCUUACCGAAAAGGCUCCAGAGGCCACCAAGAGCGAGGAGCCAGCCGCUGAAUCAAAGCUAGAGGCUGUUCCAGAGGAUGAAGCCAAGGAGGGGAAGAAAGAAGUUAAGGCUCCGGCAGCUGCCCCAGCCUCAGAGGAUAAAAGUGAUGCUCCUCUUGUUACCCUCUGAACAUGAUCCUCUCUAUUGUUGAAUCCAUUUUGUGCAUCUGAAAAAGCCGAAAAUUUCUUGUACUCAAUAGUUGGAAAUUUGAUUUUGAUUGUUUUUGCUUCUUGGUUUCUUGGGGCUCAUGUAGGACCUGCAAUAAAUAAGUGAAAAAAAAAAAACUAGUUUAUUUAUAAAAUACUACAGAUUAUGUA